AUGGAAGCAAAACACACUUCCAUGAAAUGGAAGCGACCUUCACCUUCAAUGGACAUCAGCACCCGCACCAAAUCUCAGAUCUAUCACAACAAUCGCUCCGAUCUCGUCAGAAGUAGUAACGGCCAUCCCGAGCUUCUGAGCCACCAAUCGAACCCGAAAAGGCCCAGAUCAGUAGAGCCGAUAAUACAAGGCUCCCUGGAUGGCAACAUGCCCCUCCACUCUUUGAUUAAGGAUCUCCGCGUCAAAAGGGUCUUUUCCCCAACCUCUAAGCCCCCUGAGAAUCUGACUGACCACCACAAAUUUGGGGCCGAAUUCGGUUCGUAUGAACAAGAAAAUGGCCCCAAGUCGGUGAAGAAUGGUGGGGUUGAGAGUUCUGGAAAUGGGUUUUCUCACUUAGGUCCAGAUGUAGAUGAUUCGGAGAGCAAAGGGACUGAGAGAUUGGAUAUGGGUUUUGUGUCUAAAGCCCGAAGAACAGAUCAUUUGAGUUUUAAAUCUCCGGUGAGAGAAGGGAUUGGAGGCAUAUCAUCCGAUGUGGAGCAGAGGAGUGGUGAUGCGAAUCAGGAUUGUGUGCAGAAAUCAUCGGCUGAUGUGAAGGAAAAUGGUGUUCGUCUCAAUUUUGAAAAUAAAACCAAAUUGCAGGUCCUUAAGCCUCGACAGAGAGUGUUCAAAGCUCCUGGAUCAUUCGGUUAUCGAAGAUUGCUUCCAUAUCUUAAGGCCGAAGAUAUUUCUUGUGCGCUUGAUUUUUGUCAACACCCAAAUCUUGAUAAAGGUUCAGAAGGAAAACCAUUCCAGGGUAUGCGGGCUUCGAAAAAUCCACCGGGUUCCUUACAUCAAUUUGAUGCCCACAAACUUUCCAGGGAGUAUCAUACCAGUGGUUCUUCUACUCUGCUAGAAAAUGUACAAGUUUGUUUCCAGGAAACAUCUAAUGGUAAUGAGAGAAAUUCAGAAUCUCCUGAAUAUGUUCCUGCGUCACCAUCUAUAACUGUGGUGGAUGAGUGUCUGUCAAAGCCACCUGUCGAUGGACAGACUGAAAAGUUUGAUGUGGGAUUUUCUUGUAAAGCUCAGAAGUUAAAUGCCUCACCCCUUUCCUCUUCGGCUAUGGAGGAUUCUCAAGUUAACAAGGAUCAUGUAAUUGACAUGCAUAUUGAUUGUGAUACACCAGCUGAAGAUGUGGGGACUUCUGAUAAAGCUGGUACUGGCGAAGCUCAAAAUGCGGAAGAUAUGAAUUCCUUGUCGUCAUCAAUGAUGGAUGAGCGCUACUCAUGCAAGGUUAAUGUCAUGGGUCAGAACUGUGAGAACUCAAAUCAAAAUCAUAUAAACGAGCAGAGAGUUAACAAUGCUGGUCUGGUUCUGAAUCAGAUAGAUGACUCAAAUGAAGAAUCAGUCCAGAGGACACCACCAGAUGCUGAAAUGUUAGGUAAACUAGAGGUGGAAGUGAAAAGAAUUAGUAGAGCGGGAUAUGUUCUUCAGACUACAAAUCAAAGUCUUGGGAAGCCAUCCAAUGUAUUUAAUCAUACAGAUGCUACCUGCGUUGAUGUUAAAAUUCAGGAAUCUACUCCGAAGAGAAAGCAGGUUUUAAAUCCAUGUUCACGCCUGAAGUUAUUUAGGAGUCCAGGUGCAAAUACUAAUAAGGAUUUGGAGCAUAGGCUACAGCCCCCAUUGACUCCUAAUCAGCAAGAAACUCUAAUGGAUCAAUCAAAUGAUUUCAGGUUUCAUUCCGAGCAUCAGAUUUGUGAUCCUGGUACUCUACCAACACCUCAAUUAACCAGUGCUAAUGGCUCAUCCAAUUAUGGUGGAGAUAAUCUAACAUCUCCUGAACACGUGGCUGCAUCUCAAAUGUCAUUUGAUGUACAAAAGGAACAAUAUGUUCAACAGGCUGCAUCAGGUAAUCAAAGUAAAUUAGAAACUUCCCCUGACAUUGUGAGUUUGCGACAUGAAAAGGAUCCAAUCACUUUGUUAUGCCCUAGCACUUGUGAAGCUACUUCGAUAAAAGAUGGUGCAAUAUCAGUCACAAAUUCAUCAUCUGAUUGUCCUGAAGAGGACCACAUAGGCUCAAGAAUAGCAUUGUCCAGUGGGGGAAAGCCAUUGCCAGUUCAAGCCGACAGUUUGUGUCAGAACUCAUCCCAAAUUGAUGCAACAGUUUCUUCUGGUAUUCAUGCAGAUGGACUCAGAAAACAAAUCCUUAAAAGAAAUCCACGAGGAUGCAGAGGACUCUGCACUUGUUUGAAUUGCACUUCGUUUCGACUCCAUGCAGAGAGAGCAUUUGAGUUCUCUAGAAAUCAGAUGCAAGAUGCUGAAGAAGUAGCUUUAGAUUUGAUGAAGGAACUAUCAAGUUUACGUAAGAUGUUAGAAAUGUCAGCUGUUGGUGCAAAUACUCCCGUCAUGGAUUUAAAUGAGGUGAAAGAAGCUUGCAGGAAAGCAUCUGAAGCAGAAGAGAAUGCAAGAAAACGUCUUGAUGAAAUGAAUUAUGAUCUCAACAUUCACUGCAGAAUCACAUGCGUGCAUGGACCAAAGGUCACAUUUGCAAAUUACGUAGAAGAAAAGUCAUCCCAAAAGCAAACUUUUCAAGCAACUAGUCUCAAGCCCUGA